AUGCUAGCGGCACUGUCGUUGCUCAAGGACGGCCUGCUAUACCCUAACGUCGUCGCGGUGAGCCGCGACAGGACAUAUGUGGCCAUGGCACACAACAUCUUGUGUCAGCCACACAUGUACUAUCUCGAGGGACAAAAGGCUGGACAAUAUUGGAUGUUGGCCGAUCUGCCCGGCUACCCGGACAAUCACGGCGGCAGCACCUCCGGCCGUAGCGCUGGCGACGGGGACGGCGAAUGGCGGCCCCGCGGCAUCCAUCUUGACCAGCACGGGGCCGGCUCCUCCGGCCUGCGCGCGGGCGACGGGAGUGGCGAACGGCGGCCCCGCGGCUUCCAGCUUGGCCAGCACGGGCCCGGCUCCUCCGGCCUGCGCGCCGGCGACGGGGACGGCGAAUGGCGGCCCCGCGGCAUCCAUCUUGACCAGCACGGGGCCGGCUCCUCCGGCCUGCGCGCAGGCGACGGGGACGGCGAAUGGCGGCCCAGCGGCAUCCAGCAUGACCAGCACGGGGGCGGCCCCUCCGGCCUGCGCGCUGGCGACGGGGACGGCGAACGGCGGGCGCGUCGCUCUCAGCUUGGCCAGCCCAGGGGCUUGGCCAGCACGAGCGCAUCUACCGCCGCCUCCGCCUGGACCACCGGCGGAUGGAACGGCGCCACAAAACCCCCGCCGCCGCCGCCGCCGCCGCGGGACGUCUCGGAGAGGCCGGGUUCCUCGCGGCAGGACACAUCUUAUUUGGCGAGGCUGAUGGUUGCCCACUUCAUCGAGAUGGGGUUCCCUGCAGAGAAGGUCGCCAUGGCUCUCGAACAUGCUGGAAGAGGAGGAGGAGGAGACAAGGAGGCAGACGUCCUGCAGUGGCUGCUUGAUCAACAGAAGGGUUCCUCACGGCAGGGCGCGACGCACUUGACAAGCCCGAUGGCCACCCACUUCAUCGGGAUGGGGUUUUCCGCGGAGGAGGUUGCCAUGGCCACCCACUUCACUGGGAUGGGGUUUUCCGCGGAGGAGGUUGCCAUGGCUCUCGAGAACGCUAGAGGAGGAAGAGCCGAGGAGGCAGUUGUCCUGCAGUGGCUGUUUGAUCAUCGGGAGACUGAUGAGGGAUUCAGCUCAUCAAUUGAUUUAGAAGGGUUCAGCAGCUCAUCAGGGGACCUAGAGACAUUUGAUGAAGAACUCACAGAGAGUGAGAAGUUUUUCAAACUUGUUGAAAUGGGAUUUACAAGCAAUGAGGCCUCUGCAGCCAUUACCAGAUGUGGUGGGAAUGAACCGCUUUAUGUACUAGCUGAUGCAGUAUAUGCUGCACAGAUAGGCAAGAUAGGCGGUGGCAGUGGUGAUAAUGUAGUAGAAUGUCAACGCAAAAGAAGGAGAAUCAAUAUCGAACUGUUGCGACAUGUGGAGAGGGCCUCUGGUAGCAGUAGCAGACGCAUGGUUGGCUUUGGUGUUCCAAAUGGAGAGAUGGACAUGACGAUAUCUAGAAAACUACCUGGUAUAGCUGAAGGGCCGCCGUACUUUUAUUUCGAGAAUGUCGCGUGCGCUCUACGAGGAGUUUGGGACGAAAUGUCUAGAUCUCUCUACAACAUAGAGCCAGAAUACGUUGACUCAAAGUAUUUCUGUGUAGCAUCAAGAAAGCGAGGAUACAUCCACAAUCUUCCUAUAGCUGGAAGAUUCCCUCUCCUUCCGAUUCAGUCAAGAACAAUAAAGGAUGCCUUUCCUAGGACAACAGAAUGGUGGCCGCAGUGGGACAAAAGAGAACGGUUGAAUUGCAUACAGACAGUUAUGGCCCCUGCCACGGCAUCUAAAUUUGUUCGAAAGGUGCUCACAGAUUGUGAUGGCAUCCCGAGUAAAUUUGAUCAGAAGAAAAUCCUUGACAAAUGUAGACAGUGGAACCUUAUCUGGGUUGGACCCAAAACAGUUGCUACAUUAGAUCCAGAUGAAGUGGAGUUACUGAUGGGCUUCCCAAAAUAUCACACCAGAAGUUUUACCAACACGGAGAGAUACAAGUCCCUUGGGAAUUCAUUUCAGAAGUCAACCAAGGUGUCCUCAGGACGUGGUGGGAGAAAACGAAGCAGAGUGGAGAGCUGAUUGAAAUUGGAAAUGUGGAGAACGUCAAUGACAGUGAGAUUGAG